ACGCUAUGAACACAUGAACUGUGUCGCUCACAUGGUGCAGAGAAGUGUCACAGUGAGUCUUGCUGACAGCGGCUUUGUAAAUGCUUUGGCCAAGGCUCGCAAAGUUGUCGGUCAUUUUAAGCACAGCCCAGCAAAUGCUGCGGAGCUUCAAGCACAACAAGUCAGCCUGGGAAAGAAGCAAGAGCCAUUGAUCCAGGAUGUUCCAACACGUUGGAAUUCGACGCUGGAAAUGGUCAAGCGCGUGAGCAGAAAUAAAGAGGCUGUCAUCGCAGCCCUGGACAAUCAGGAGCACAAACUCGUUUUGCCGACCGCAGCAGAGUGGGAUAAACUGCAGAGGCUGGAGACACUUCUAGAGCCAUGCAGGUAUGUAACUGAGCUCCUGGGUGGAGAGGCCUAUGUCUCCUGUUCUGUGGUACUACCUUCUCUCUGCCACUUGCGUCUCCAAGAUGGAAGCCUGUGA